AUGACAAAGGGGAAAGAUGAUGACUUGUCUUCAGAUUCCCAGAUCUCAAUCCGAUCAUCAUCUGUGGGAUCUAUAGAGGCCGCACUGAGGAACUUACAGGCUCUGAUACCACAGGACUCCUCAGAGCUUCGUAUCCUGCACCCGGUUCAGCCAAUUAUCCUGCACCCGGUUCAGCCAAUUAUCCUGCACCCGGUUCAGCCUAUUAUCCUGCACCCGGUUCAGCCUCGUAUCCUACACCCGGUUCAGGCUCGUAUCCUGCACCCGGUUCAACCUCUCGAGCCUCGUAUCCUGCUCCUAGUCGAGCCUCGUAUCCUGCACCCAGUCGAGCCUCGUAUCCUGCACCCGGUUCAGCCUCGUAUCCUGCACCCGGUUCAGCCUCGUAUCCUGCACCCGUUUCAGCCUCGUAUCCUGCACGCGGUUCAGCCUCCUAUCCUGCACCCGGUUCAGCCUCGUAUCCUGCACGCGGUUCAGCCUCCUAUCCUGCACCCGGUUCAGCCUCGUAUCCUGCACCCGGUUCAGCCUCGUAUCCUGCACCCGGUUCAGCCUCGUAUCCUGCACCCGGUUCAGCCUCGUAUCCUGCACCCGGUUCAGCCUCGUAUCCUGCACCCGGUUCAGCCUCCUAUCCUGCACCCGGUUCAGCCUCGUAUCCUGCACCCGGUUCAGCCUCGUAUCCUGCACCCGGUUCAGCCUCGUAUCCUGCACGCGGUUCAGCCUCCUAUCCUGCACCCGGUUCAGCCUCGUAUCCUGCACGCGGUUCAGCCUCCUAUCCUGCACCCGGUUCAGCCUCGUAUCCUGCACCCGGUUCAGCCUCGUAUCCUGCACCCGGUUCAGCCUAGUAUCCUGCACCCGGUUCAGCCUCGUAUCCUGCACCCGGUUCAGCCUCCUAUCCUGCACCCGGUUCAGCCUCCUAUCCUGCACCCGGUUCAGCCUCCUAUCCUGCACCCGAACCCGGUUCAGCCUCCUAUCCUGCACCUGGUUCAGCCUCCUAUCCUGCACCCGGUUCAGCCUCCUAUCCUGCACCCGGACCCGGUUCAGCCUCGUAUAGUGCACCUGGUUCAGCCUUGUAUCCUGCACCCGAUUCAGCCUCGUAUCGUGCACCUGGUUCAGCCUCGUAUCCUGCACCCGGUUCAGCCUCCUAUCCUGCACCCGGUUCAGCCUCCUAUCCUGCACCCGGACCCGGUUCAGCCUCGUAUCGUGCACCUGGUUCAGCCACGUAUCCUGCACCCGGCUCAGCCUUGUAUCCUGCACCCAGUUCAGCCUCCAAUCCUGCACCCGGACCCGGCUCAGCCUUGUAUCCUGCACCCGGCUCAGCCACGUAUCCUGCACCCGGCUCAGCCUUGUAUCCUGCACCCGGCUCAGCCACGUAUCCUGCACCCGGCUCAGCCAUGUAUCCUGCACCCGGCUCAGCCACGUAUCCUGCACCCGGCUCAGCCUUGUAUCCUGCACCCGGCUCAGCCACGUAUCCUGCACCCGGUUCAGCCUUGUACCCUGCACCCAGUUCAGCCUCCAAUCCUGCACCCGGACCCGGCUCAGCCUUGUAUCCUGGACCCGGCUCAGCCUUGUAUCCUGCACCCAGUUCAGCCUCCAAUCCUGCACCCGGACCCGGCUCAGCCUUGUAUCCUGCACCCGGCUCAGCCACGUAUCCUGCACCCGGCUCAGCCUUGUACCCUGCACCCAGUUCAGCCUCCAAUCCUGCACCCGGACCCGGCUCAGCCUUGUAUCCUGCACCCGGUUCAGCCUUGUAUCCUGCACCCAGUUCAGCCUCCAAUCCUGCACCCGGACCCGGCUCAGCCUUGUAUCCUGCACCCGGCUCAGCCACGUAUCCUGCACCCGGCUCAGCCUUGUAUCCUGCCCCCGGCUCAGCCACGUAUCCUGCCCCCGGCUCAGCCAUGUAUCCUGCACCCGGCUCAGCCACGUAUCCUGCACCCGGCUCAGCCUUGUAUCCUGCACCCGGCUCAGCCACGUAUCCUGCACCCGGCUCAGCCAUGUAUCCUGCACCCGGCUCAGCCACGUAUCCUGCACCCGGCUCAGCCACGUAUCCUGCACCCGGCUCAGCCACGUAUCCUGCACCCGGCUCAGCCUUGUAUCCUGCACCCGGCUCAGCCACGUAUCCUGCACCCGGCUCAGCCUUGUAUCCUGCACCCGGCUCAGCCACGUAUCCUGCACCCGGUUCAGCCUUGUACCCUGCACCCAGUUCAGCCUCAAAUCCUGCAAGCAAGUACACAACUAGUGAGCAUUUAUUUAUUUUUCUUGCUUUUUGGAAGUAUGGAUUCACAGAUCUGGAAAAUUAAAAUUGGACUCGUCAGGAUUGUAUAA